AGAACUACUAUACAUAAACAAGGGAAAUGCACAAUGCCAGCCUUCAUUGUGGAAAUAUCUCCAACUACCAGCAUACUAUUUACUCAACAACCUUCAUUCUCAUCUUUAUACCUGGACUUCUAGCUAACAGUACAGCACUAUGGGUGUUAUGCCGAUUUAUAAAUAAAAAAAACAAAGCAAUUAUCUAUAUGAUAAAUUUGGCAAUGGCAGAUCUUGCUCAUGUUUUGUCACUGCCACUUCGAAUUUACUACUACUUAAGCCAUGUGUGGCCCUUUAAAAGCUUCCUCUGCUUGUUAUGCUUUUACCUUAAAUAUCUGAAUAUGUAUGCAAGCAUUGUGUUCCUGACUGUUAUCAGCAUUCAGCGCUGUGUUUUCACAGUACAACCUUUCAAAGCCAAAGGCUGGAAACGCAGAUAUGACAUUGUUAUUAGCAUUGUGGUAUGGAUAGUGGUUGGUAUGGCAUGCUUGCCAUUUCCAUUGCUGAGAAGCACAAGAUUAAACAGUACCAAUACAGUCUGCUUUGCAGAUCUUGAAAUCAAACACAUAAACCCAGUACCUGCAAUUACAAUGCUGACUAUAGCUGAGUUGUCAGGAUUCAUCAUACCUGUCACAGUUAUUCUAUACUGUACACUGAAAACAGGAAUUCAGCUGAAAAAUGAAAACCAGAAUUGCCAAAACCCUAAUGAGAAAUACAAAGCCCUUCGAAUGGUUAUAACCUGUGCAAUUGUUUUUCUAAUCUGUUUUGCACCAUACCACAUUAAUUUCUUUUUUUAUAUGAUGGUAAAAUUGCAUAUUAUUAGGCAAUGUUCCUUGCACAUAUUUGUUCUUAACUUUCAUCCAUACUCCCUGUGCCUUGCCAGUCUUAAUUGUUGUUUGGACCCCAUCCUGUACUAUUUUACAGCAUCAGAAUUCCGAAUUGAGAUCGCCCGGCAUGGAUCAACUGUUCUUAGAAACCGUCUCAUGAGUCAUGAGAGCUCCUCUUCUUUUAGAGAUUGACUGCUGGUAAAUGCAAAGUGUUGAAAUCAUUUUUGGAACUUUUAGACUUAUUGCUCAUGCAACUAUCAAGAUGGCAUUCGUCUCCUUUUGUAUAUCUCAAUUAUUGCUCCUACAACUGUAUUGUACCCUACUGUACUUGUCUUUUGUGUAUGCAAUGUUUUAUUAUUAUUUGUAUAGCGCUGCGUAAUCUGCUGGCGCUUUAUAAAUACCUGAUAAUAAUAAUAUAUUUCCCUUAUUCAAGUCACAGAAAACCAUGUCAUGUUAGCAGAAUGAGAGUUAUAUCUUGAUAAGCGUAUCAGAACAAGGAGAUUUAAAAGUCACAAAAAAAGAGAGCAAGUGAUCGAAUCCCUUCACUGCCAUAGUUUUGGUCGAUUUUUCAACUCUUUGUUAUAUAGCCAUUUGUGUAGAUAUACAU